UAAUUAUUUAUUCAGCAGUGUUUGUUGCUUACAUUUAUUGUAAAUAUGUCGAAAAUAGUUCUCUAUGGCAUGGACAUUAGUCCUCCAGUUAGGGCCUGUAAAUUAGUUUUGAAGGCUCUCAAUUUACCCUACGAGUACAGGAUUGUGGAUCUUGUAAAGGGCGAACAUCAUUCAGAGGAGUUCCUGAAGAAGAAUCCCCAGCAUACAGUGCCACUUUUGGAUGACAAUGGUCUCAUCAUUUCGGACUCGCAUGCCAUUGUGAGCUAUCUUGUGGACAAGUAUGCCAAAUCGGACGAACUGUAUCCCAAGGAUCUGGCUAAGCGUGCUCUGGUCAACCAACGUUUGUAUUUUGACGCCACUGUACUCUUUAUGUCCUUGAAGAACAUUAGCGCUCCGUUUUUCUUGAGAAAUGUUACAAGGGUCCCACAAGAGAAAUUUGACAACUUGGAACAAGGCUGCAAACACUUGGAGAAUUUUCUUGCCAAGGAUUUGUAUGUGGUGGGCGACACCCUAACUAUCGCUGAUCUAUGCUGUGCGGCCACUGUCUCCUCGGUGGUCGGCAUUCUGGAGUUGGACCCCGUGAAAUAUCCCAAAAUAAACGGCUGGUUGAAACGAAUUUCGGAAUUGCCCUACUACGAGGAGGAAAACGGAUUGGGGGCUAAGGCGUUCAUAGGUUUCAUAAAGGGUGCCCUAACAGUUGCUUAAGUACUGAAUCCAUUUCCACCAAUUUAUUGCACAAUAAGUAGCCUGUAAAUGCAUUUUAUCAAUAAAAUAUUUUAAGAGCUGUUCAAAAGCUUUCCAAAA